CCGCAUCACCAACAGAGAGGAAUUGGGCUUCCAUGGACUUUGUCCACUCCAAACGAAUGAACAAGUUGUCGCCAGAGAGCUUCGCGAAGCUGGUGUACAUCCACAAGAACAUGCAGCUACUUCGUGUUCCAUACAGUAAGAACUGCGGAUUUGUGGACUUGUGGUGUGACUUCGUCAAGCCCUUCCCGGAGCCUGAAGAGAACGAUGGAUCAUUGUCCAAGGGGUUCGAGGAUGAGGCUGAAAAGACAGAGGAGGAGUUUGUACGGGAACUGAGGUUCACAAAGACUCCAAAGGGAAGGGUUCCAAAAAUUAUCGAGGACGAGGACGAAGAGCUCACGAACGACAGUGAUUUGGAUGACGAGUUGUGGAAGAGGAAGUGUGGAUCGUUGGACGACUCAAGUGGCAGCGAAGACCAGGCCGAUGAUGACUUCGAUUUUGAGCUACGACCAGAGUCGGCCGUUCUGGGCACGACUCAGGGAGCAUCAACAACAGAUCGGGCAUUGGAGGUUGUGGAAGAUGGAGAAGAGGAGGAUGAGGAGCACCAACCAGACGUGGGAGAUAACAUAGAGCAGGAAGAAGAGGCGGAGGGCAUGGUGCAACUAGAGGAAGGAGCGGAGAUGGAGCAUCAGGAAGAGGAGGAAGGCAUGGUGCAAGGUGGGGAGGAAGAGGAGAUGCAGCAAGACGAGGAGGGGGAUGGAUUGCCGCUGCAGGAGGUGCAGCAUGGCGAGGUUGAUCAGGCCCUCAAUAACGAGCCCCAUCUCACAGCGACAACAGUCUACACACGCAGGCCUCGGCCAGCGGAGUGUCCGGAGUUGAAGGUGAACAUACCAGAAUUCAUGAUAGGAGAAUGAAGGAGGUUGUCCAGCAUGAUAACCUGUGGGUGAGCCGAGUGGGCAAGAGGAGA